AUGUCUGACUUGCAUGUUUAUCUUAUCGCGCCAAACAGCUUGAAAUUCAAGCAACCUUUAGGCCUAUUCAUCGACAAUGAAUGGAGGCCAUCCUCAAAGGGGGCGGGAAUUUUGACUAUAAACCCCGCAAAUGAAGAAGAGAUCUGUACGGUGCAUGCAGCUGACACGAAGGAUGUCGACAUGGCCGUUGAGGCUGCCCGCCGGGCAUUCAACGGAAAGUGGCGAGCGCUAGACACAUCUGUGCGCGGUGAGCUGUUAUACAAGCUUGCUAGUUUGGUCGAGCAACAUGCAGAUGUACUGGCCACCAUCGAUGCCUGGGAUAAUGGUACGAGACUUUUCCAUUCUGCGCGAUUCCUCUCCCCAUCUAACCUGCAUUCUGAUUAUUCUUUUGUUACAGGGAAGACCUUUCAUGCCGCCCGUGACGAGGUUUUGGGGGCUAUCACGCUAUUGCGAUAUUAUGCUGGCUGGUCUGAUAAAAUCCAUGGAAAGGUUAUCGACCCAAAUCCGGAUAAAUUGGCAUAUGUGAUGCGUGAGCCGAUUGGAGUUUGUGGCGCAAUUAUCCCUUGGAACUUCCCUCUAGUCAACAUGGUGAUCAAGGUGGCUCCGGCCCUAGCGGCAGGCAACACACUGGUGGUCAAAGUGGCCGAACAAACCCCUCUUUCAGCUCUCUACUUUGCAAACCUUGUCAAGGAAGCCGGGAUUCCGGCCGGAGUGGUGAAUGUGCUCAAUGGUACCGGUAGGGAGGUUGGCUCUGCUAUAGCAGCUCAUGCCGACAUUGAUAUGAUUACAUUCACUGGGUCUACUCCCACUGGCAAACAAAUUAUGAAAAGCGCUGCCAGUACGCUCAAGAGAGUCACCUUAGAAACAGGUGGAAAGUCGCCAAUGAUGGUCUUCCCAGAUGCAGAUAUAGAACAAGCAGUGCGUUGGGGUCACCGAGGCAUUAUGUCCAACCAGGGGCAAGUUUGUUCAGCAACAAGUCGCAUCUUUGUACACGCUGAUAUCUACGAAACCUUUGUCAAUCAGUUCAAAACAGAAGUGGAGAAAAUCUCAAAGGUUGGCGACCCUUUCCAUUCCGACACCUUCCAAGGCCCACAGGUCACCAGAGAUCAGUUUGACCGAGUUCUCUCUUACAUGGAGACUGGAAAACGGGAAGGGGCCCGGUUAGUGUGUGGUGGAAAGGCAUACAAGAACGUUGGAGGCAAGGGAUUUUACGUCGCCCCAACUGUAUUCGCGGACGUAACAGACAGUAUGACCAUUGUUCAGGAUGAGGUUUUUGGUCCGUUCGUGGUUAUUGCACCGUUUCGUGAUGAGGCAGAGGCGAUCGAACGCGCGAACAGCACCGUCUUUGGGUUGGGUGCAUCCAUCUUCACAAAGGACAUCUCGCGUGCUUUGAAGGUAUCGAAGAGAAUCCAGUCCGGCACGAUCUGGAUCAACAGUAGCAAUGACGAUGAUGUGCGCGUGCCAUUUGGUGGAUACAAGCAAUCAGGGUUCGGGCGGGAGAUGGGCGAGGAAGGCAUCGAGGCGUUCACCAUUACAAAGUCUAUUCACGUCAAUCUGAACGCGAGGUUAUAA